UAACUCAACGGUAUCGUUUUCUCCUCCAGCUUGUUUCCCAUCACACACACAGCGAAACUCAAAAAACCCAAAACCUCACUGACCUUACCUCCACAAACACACACUCUCACCGAUCAAAAAAUGGGAACCCUUGGGAGAGCGGUAUACACAGUUGGAUUCUGGAUUCGCGAAACUGGUCAGGCCCUUGAUCGUCUUGGCUGCCGCCUCCAAGGCAACUAUUAUUUUCAGGAACAACUGUCUAGGCAUCGAACUCUCAUGAACAUAUUUGAUAAAGCUCCUGCGGUUGACAAGGAUGCAUUUGUUGCUCCCAGCGCCUCUAUCAUUGGGGAUGUUCAAGUGGGAAGAGGAUCAUCUAUUUGGUAUGGAUGUGUUUUGAGAGGGGAUGUGAACAGCAUUAGUGUUGGAUCAGGAACUAAUAUACAGGACAACUCGCUAGUGCAUGUUGCAAAGUCUAACCUAAGUGGGAAGGUGCUGCCAACUAUUAUUGGGGACAAUGUUACUGUAGGCCAUAGUGCUGUUUUACAUGGCUGCACUGUUGAGGAUGAUGCCUUUGUGGGAAUGGGUGCGACUCUACUCGAUGGUGUUGUUGUUGAGAGACAUGGGAUGGUUGCUGCUGGAUCUCUUGUGAGGCAGAAUACUAGGAUCCCUUCUGGUGAGGUAUGGGGAGGCAAUCCAGCAAAGUUCCUAAGAAAGCUCACUGAUGAAGAGAUAACCUUUAUUUCCCAGUCAGCCACCAAUUAUUCCAACUUGGCACAGGUGCAUGCUGCUGAGAAUUCAAAGCCCUUUGAUGAGAUUGAAUUUGAGAAAGUUCUUCGCAAGAAGUUUGCUCAUCGGGAUGAGGAAUAUGACUCAAUGCUAGGUGUUGUCCGUGAAACUCCCCCAGAAAUUAUUCUUCCAGAUAACAUCAAAGAUCCAAAGGCCUCACAGAAAUGAUAAAUCACUAGCUAUUUUUUGUUAAAUUUGAAUAUUGAGGUUUGACAUCAAGGAAUAUUUGUUGUUACAUGCAAAUACAUGGAGAGGGAGUCAUUCUCAUUCCUAAUAAGACCAGACAAGUAGGGUAGAAUUAUGGCUCCUCUUUAGCUUCCAGUUAUGCCUUCUUGUGGCUGUUUAAAAUCUCAAUUUCUGCUCCGCUAGGAACUAAUACCAUAAAGCAGCUUGUAUGUUGAUGUUUUGUCUUGUAUUUGAGAUCCCUAUGUUCGAGAUGAUUUUGUUCA